AAAAUUAACACAAGCUCCAGGAGAAACAUUUGCCCAGUUUGCAACUAGAUUGAGGCGAACUGCAAAAGACUGCGGCUAUGGAGAUGAAUCAGACAAUCAAAUUCGCGACGAAAUUCUCUGUAAAUGUUCAAGCUCGUGCAUUAAAAGGAAACUCUUGGAGAAAGGUCAAGGACUUACCCUAGAACCAGCAUUCGAAGUCGCUGAGAACUGUAAGAAAGUUGAUUCGCAGUUGGCAGCGAUGUCCACAGUGAAACGAGAAAGUGCUGAAGUUGCGAAUUAUGUAAAGGUAAAAAUCGUGACUGGCGUGACGGUAAUAAGAAAUAGAGAACUGGUCAAGAUAAAAGCUGCUACAGAUGCGAUAAACUUUGUCAUUUUGGAAAAGAUCCCAGAUGCCCCGCGAAGGGAAAGGUCCGUCGAAAGUGUGGUUUAA